UCGGCGCAUAUGGUGACACAUACUCUUUUGUUGUGUCAUUUCUUAUCAGGAAGUUGUGAAAAUAGUUUGGAUGCCAUGUUGUUUAUGAUUAGGGUUUGGGUGAAGACCAUUUCAUGCAAGAUGGGAAACAUGCAAAUGCAUUAUGAUAAAGAACUUUGAAUCCCAUUUGUGAAGAGUGAUUUCUCUGAGGUAUCAAAAUGGCAUAUCGAGGGAAUCCAUCUCAUUACAAUCCGCUUCAAGAUGUAUUUCCAGAAGUGUUUAUUAUGGAUCACUUGACAAGGUUGAAGGCGAAUGCACAAAGCUUCGUGGACAACAAGAUGUACCCACAAGCCGUCAACAUGUACACUGAGAUCAUACAAUUCAUAGCCCAGGUACCUCAGCUCUGCCUGGAGGAGUUACCGAAGGCCCUCAGUAACCGGUCAUUGGUCCUAGCCAAGAUGGGAGACUAUGGAGGAGCAUAUCGGGAUGCCAACAGAUGCACGCUUGAUUUUCCUACUUGGCCAAAGGGGCACUGGAGAGCAGCAAUGGCUUUGAAAGGUUUAAAGGACAAUUACAACUCCCUCAGACCUCUCAUAGAAGGCUUCAACCUGGUGGUUGGACUGUAUCCUGAGGAUAGUGAAACGGUCAACUUUAUGGUAGAGACGGUCAACACAACAUGUUCACUGAAAGAUGACCCUGAAGGUUGGCUAAGUGCUCUGGAGGUGCCUUACAACUGUCCUCCCCUCAUCGCACGAGCCGUUCAACAGCUGGCUAAGGCCAAUCAGUGGGAAGGAACCAGUUUACUGGUGUUGGGGAUCCACUCCGGCCCUUCCAGCCCCUGGGAGGGGAUAGCCAAGCACAUCCCAACAACCAAUGUCAUGGUGGCUUUUUUGGUCAGAGUCAUGAGAAGAAACGUGAGAGAUCUAAAGAAGUGGGGUCAUAAGCUUCUGGUAGUGUUGUGUAAAAAUGGGGCGUCAAUUACGGACAUGGAGAAACAAUUGGAGACGCCUGCCAUACACACAGGACUACAAAUGGCCUUAGCUUCAGGCCAGGUAGAUUUUCUAAAGUACUUAUUUGAGAGUUACCUGAAGACAGCUGCAGAGAAGGACGCUAAGGACAGUGAUGGAACUACAGCCCUCCAUAAGCUGGUGGUGUGUGGCCAGAUCAACACGACCCUCGGGGAGACCAUCCUUCGACUUCUCCUAAAUAACAGCUGUAGCACCAAAGUCAAAGACAGGACAGGCAAGACACCCAUACAGUUCCUCAGCCCCAAGGACGCAGGCUAUGCCCUCAUACAGGCUGCAGAGAAGGUGGCAGUGGAGGAGUUGAGAAAGACUGUAAUUGAGUUAAAAGAUGCAGGCAACAAGGCUCACAAGAACGAAGGUUACCACAGCCAGGCCGUGGAGUAUUAUACCCAGGCGUACGCCAAAUGUGUUGGUUGUAAUGACCUCAAAAAUGAAGCGGCCAUUCUCCUCACCAACCGGUCCAAUGUCCUUAGUGUUCAGGGUAAACACUUUGAAGCCUUAGAUGACGCUGAGAAAGCUAUUGGGUAUGACAACACCUGGUAUAAGGGACACUGGAGGAAAGGUCAGGUUCUACGGGUACUGGGAGACUUUGUCCCCUCCUUCCUUGCUUUCCUCACAGGCUUCUCUGUGAGCAAGGACAUCACCAUGGAUCAAAGGCGAAGUUUCCUUGCAGAAGCUGUCAUAUCUUUAGCAUCAGAAAAAAACCAGGAAUAUUAUGACAAAAUGUCCAAUGCCAAGCUGCAGAGUUUCCGUGAUGCUGACUGGAGUUACGUGCUGGCCAGACUGUCGAAGGCCGGAGAAUGGAAGACAAUCCGUGACCUCGUCAUGGGCAGUGAAAGGACACUCACUAUGGCCAAGUCCAGAGGUUGGAAGUUUGAAAAUGGCCCUAAAGGAUUUGGAGUGGCACUAAAUGUGCCGACGACAGGGAUGACGUUUUGCACUAUCUUCCCCUUUGUUCAAAACCACUGCAAUGAGUACACCACCAGAUGGGUGACCAUUUUACUCAAAGUCCUGCUGGACAAUGGCGGUGGACUGCCCAACUUUCUCACCUUCAUCCAGGAUGAACAUGACACACCUUUACAUGCUGCGGUCAAGUACUCGCUCAUUACAGGACAAACCAUGCUGCUAGAAGAUGUACCACUGAUGCCUGUUGGCUCGUUAUUGUGUGAGAUGGAAGACAAGCGAGGCGACUCAGUCUUCCACAUCAUUACCAAGAACCCACAGACCAAGGACAUGGAUCACAUUCUCAAGGUCACCUGCCUUCUGUUGGACAAAGGGUUCUCCGUCAAGGUCAAGGACAGGAGUGGACGCACCCCCAUAGACUACAUCAAGCAUGGGGAGAAAGAAGCUCUGUUUGACCUGCUGCUCAAACAGUAUAGUAAAGAUAAAAAACCAACAGGGAAAUCUAAACAAAAGGCCACAGCUCGUGUAAGUCCACCAUUACAGGAAGUCCAGCUUGAUGACCCACAGAAGCUUCGAGAACUGGGGAACAAAGAAUACAGCAAUGGGAACUACUCAGCUGCACAGGAAUUGUACACACUGGCUAUCAAAGCCACGCCCCAGAUGGAGAGCAGUAGCCUGUGCAGGUUGUUUGGUAACCGGGCCGAGUGUUACCUCCGACUGGGUCAGUUCGAGAAAUCACUCAGUGAUGCUAUGGAAGGAGUGUCACACGACGGCCAUUGGUACAAGGCUCAUCUAAGGGUGGGCAAAGCCAUGGGAGCCAUGGGACGCAAUGAACAGGCUGUGAGAGCCCUUGUUAACUCGUUCUCCUCACUGUCUGCCCAGGAUCCCGAGACCAUACGACGGGAAGUCCUUGCAGAGCUGGCAAUUCAGUAUGCUAAACUGGAGAAAUUCAAAUAUAAUGAGAGGAUCUCUGGGCUGGAGAAUGUAACAUGUCAAGAUUGGGCUAGAGCAUCGUAUGAUCUGGUGUGUAGGAACCAAACCAAUGCCGCAUUAGUCGCCUUCAAACAGCUCAACAUCCUCUGCAAGGGGCAGGUACUGAAUUUCCAAAUAAGAGUUGACCUGCGACCUUUAUGUAACCUUGGUCGCCUAACAACAGAUGAGUGGAUACUUGAACUUGUUGAACUGCUGUUGACCUGUGAUAGUGACCACAACACGCUGUCUGUCCAGAGCGGUGACCGCUAUAUCCACGCCGUGGUUAAGAUGACACUAGCUGCAGGAGUGAUCAGUCUCCUCCCAUUCGUCUUACACAACUUUGCAAUGCCGAUUGAGGAACAAAACCUGCUGGAUAACCACGGUAACACUGCACUCCACAUUGCAACCCGUGAUUCACGUGCCUCUCCUCUCAUACGUCUGAAAGUAAUCAUGGAGUUGUUGGAUGCUAACAUCAGCACCUUGCAGAAAAACAAUGAUGGCCGGUUGGCAGUGGAGUAUGUGCACAAAGGGGAGGGUCAAAUGUUAGCUGUGCUUGUGGAGUAUAUGAAGGCAGAGGAGGCAAUGAACAGACAGAUGAAAAUGCAGCAAACCAUGAUGGUCAAUGCCCUUCAGCAGAAAGCACAACAGGAAAAGCUGGAGAAGAAGAGGCUGGAACAGCAAAAGCUUGAGCAACAGCAGAAGGAAAGACAGCAGAAGGAAAGACAGCAGAAGCUUGAACGUCAGGAGCGAGAGAGGCUACAAAAACAACAGCAGAAACAAGCCAAGCCCCCAGUCAUUCGUCCUGAGCUUGUCAGAUUUAACCCCUGUGAGGUGUGCGAACAGAACAUGGACGAGGCCAAAGAGCACCUGAGACUUAAACGUACGGGAAAGGCAUACAUCGGACUAGCUAAGGUCAUACGCAAGAAACACAAAAACAGCAACAGUAACCAACAUCGAGGACUGGUUGAUGAGGCCCUCACUCUGGUUACAAACAGUCUCCGUACAACCUUUAACCCUGAAAUACCAGAGAGUUUGGCAAAGAUUCCUGUGGAUUUUUACCAGAAGAUUAUUGAUGGUUUGGCCAAGGAAGAGAAAUGGAGGCAGGUUGACAUCAUGGUUCUAGAGAACCGGAAACAUCAUGGGGAUCUGUCUUUGAGGGAUUUUGCGAAGAACAUAAACAUUGCCCGAGUGAUACGUCACCCGUCUUUCGUCAAGCAAGACGACCUCCUUGCACAGCUUAUUGACAACAUGUUGGACAGCGGAGCAAUCAUGGAAAAUGAGGGGAAGAUGUGCAUGCUAGCUGCAAUCCAGGAAGAACAUUUCAAGUUGCUGUGUACACUGUUUGAAAGGGGAGCUAACCCGGUAUUCUUGUCCCUACAGCCAGGGGACACGCCCCUUCAUGCCUCCAUGUCAAUAGCCUUGGAGAGAGACAAAGGCAACUUCACAAUCCUCAAUAUUCUUUUGGAUAAAUUUAAAAGUGACCCGGAGAAGUUUGCAUUACUGGACCCUAACCAGCAAGAUGCCAAUGGUGAUUGCCUCUUUCACCUCGUGGCCAAGAUGAAGUACAACAGCACCACACAGAAAGCCACCGAGCUUUUGUGUGAAAAGAAGAUAUCUGCUCUGGUCUAUAAUAACGAGGGAAAGCUACCAAAGGAUUAUUUAAUCAACAAGAAGAACGACCGCAGACUGCAGUUCUUUCGACUGGCAUCUAUUGAGACAGAAACCAAACCGGCAACCAAGAAGCCAAAAAAAACGAGGCUGAAGAUGUCGGAGGAUGAUGUGCUUGAUGAAGAACAGGAUCUGUUACUAUACAGUAGGACAGAUGAAACGCAGGCUCGUGCCGCACCGGAAAAAGUCCCACGCAAAGAUAAGAAGUUGAUUUUUGCUAAGACUUCAACACAUCGUGAAACAGCCAAGAAGAAGAUAGAGGAAAUGAUCUUCAAUCUGCCAGACACUCCUUACUCUAUAUUCAACCCCAAAGUUCCCAGAAUGGAGGAAGGUUGGAGGUCACGAAGGUCAGGUGGAGGUCAGAAGGGAGCCAGAUCGCCAGACAAGAAAGAUGAUCUUAAGGUGGAGAAACUGGAUGGAACAGCCCAUCAGGCUGAUGCAACUGCUGCCGCACCCCCUCCGCAGGAAGAGCAGCAGGUGGAGGCCGUGACCAAUGGGGAGCUGGAAGCAGAAGAGGAUGAGGAAAAAGAAACCUAUGAGGUAGAUGUUCAGGCUUUUGACAAUCUGGAAUGGGAGGUGGAAUGUACGUCUGAUGUCUGGAGAACUCUCCGUGACAACCAUGUCCUUCCUGAACUGAAACGGCGCAUUGUCUGUAAAGUCCAGCACCUGGCCAGUGGGGAAUGGAGGAAAUCCCUUUGUAAACCAGUUACUGCCAGCAAAAUGCCCGAAGCACUGCGAAUUUUUGAGGCCAAACUGUCAAAGGGAGGCAGGAUACUGUGGGAACUAGCCAUUGCAUUUUCGCCACGGUUGAGUGAAUCUGCCGAACGCCGUUUGAAUGUUGAAGAAGAAGAAGGUGAAGAUCUUGCUGUGAGAGGAGGGAGGAUUUACUCCGAGGUGAUCAGAGUUUGGGACAUUGUGUUUGAUCAUGAUCAUAUUCACAGGUGUGUGGAACGUAUCAUCAAAUCACACAAUCGCGGUGAGGAGUGCAUCAUACAGAAAAAACUAAAAGGAGUGAAACAGACUCAGUUCCAGGAAGGAGCAGGUAAAACAAAGCUGAUUGUGGACUUUCCGUUCCGAGUGACUGACUUAGAGCAUGCCAUCAUUAAUCUAAAGUCACAGUCCCCAAUCCUACUACUGGGUCGGAGUGGAACAGGCAAGACAACCUGCUGUCUGUACAGACUGUGGACCCAGUUCCUAUCCUACUGGACUAAAGCAACAGAGGCUGAGGCCCCGCUCCUUCCCAGGAGUUCGGUCAACAGGACAACGGAGGAGGACGGAGAUGAAGAGGAUGAAGAUGAUAAUGAAGAUGAGGAAGAGGAGGAUGACCCCUUAGAGGAACUCCUCGGAGCGACAGUCGGGGCAGAUGGCAAAGUAGUAGAGGAAAAUGGAGAAGAAGAGGAAGGACAGAUCUACGACCAUCUCCAUCAGAUCUUUAUCACAAAGAAUGCUGUGUUGUGUAAUGAGGUGCAAAAGAACUUUCGAGAGCUGAGCCAUGCCUGCGCCAUAGCAAAGAACCAAGUGGAGACGGAGGACCAGGUGUUGCCCCCACGUCUACAGGACAUUGGUGAUUACCACUUCCCUCUCUUCAUUACCUCCAAACAGCUGUUGCUGAUGCUGGACGCAUCUCUAGGACAACCCUAUUUUUUUGAGCGAGGAGAGGAUGGUGGACUGAAGGUUGAUGUUCAGGGCUGGACCGAUGGCGAGGGCUUGCUCAGCAUCCUUCCUCUCCUGGCCGAGGAAUCUGAUGACGAGGACGAUGAUGAAGGACAGUUCGAUGAUUUAGAGGAUGAUGAUGACAGACAACAAGCUGCUAAAAGCAAAGUGAAAGUUGACCCUCGAAGAGAGGUUACUUACGAUGUCUUCAGCGAGGAAAUCUGGCCAAAGAUUUGCAAGAAGUUUGGAGGAAAAUACCAUCCUUCACUGGUGUGGACAGAAAUCAUGUCCUUUAUCAAAGGGUCAUUUGAAGCCCUGUCAAAACCCUCUGGAAUUUUAGGGAAGGAAGAGUACUUCGAACUCGGGAAGAAGCGAGCUCCCAAUUUUACUGGCAGACGUACAGACAUGUACGAUCUCUUCAAGAAAUAUGACCAUUUCAAGAAGCAGAAAUUCCUGUUUGAUGAGACAGACUUGGUUCGGUCGGUGUACAACCGCCUAAAGCAGGAGACCGAUAUCUCUUGGGUAAUCCAUCAGGUGUUCGUAGAUGAAACCCAGGACUUUACACAAGCAGAGCUCUGUCUCCUCCUCCGAAUCUGUCAAGAUCCAAACCAGAUGUUCCUCACUGGUGACACAGCUCAGAGCAUCAUGCGUGGGAUAGCUUUCCGCUUCAAUGAUCUCAAGUCUAUUUUCUUCUAUGCUAAACAGUCACUACAGGCUCACGGCAAGGUAUCAAAUAUCGAAGUCCCAAAGCGAGUGCACCAGCUAACUCAUAAUUAUAGAUCUCAUGCAGGCAUUCUGUUUCUAGCCUCUAGUAUCCUUGACCUCAUGGUCCGUUUCUUCCCAGAGUCUUUUGACCGGCUACAGAAGGACCAGGGCCUGUUUAACGGUCCACGUCCAGUAUUGUUAGAGUCCUGUAGCUUCAGUGACCUUGCCAUGCUAUUGCGGGGCAGUCGACGCAAGACGUCGCACAUCGAGUUUGGGGCACACCAAGCAAUACUGGUUGUUGAUGAAGCAGCAAGGGAUAACAUCCCAGAGGAGUUACAGCUAGGACUUAUUCUGACCGUCUAUGAAGCCAAAGGACUUGAGUUUGAUGACAUUCUGCUCUACAACUUCUUCAAAGACUCGCAGGCAAACAAGGAAUGGAGGGUUGUCACAGAGUAUUUGGAAGAGCUGGCUAUCGGAACUAAAGGAGCAAAGGGAGACAACUCCCCAUCACACCAGGAAAGUCUUGUACAGAUUGACGCAGAUGUACUACAGCAGACCAACCGACCUAGGGCCCUGAAGUUUGAUAACAGUCUACACAAAGUACUCAACUCCGAGCUUAAACACCUGUACACAGCGGUGACUCGUGCUCGCGUCAAUGUGUGGAUCUUUGACGAGGACCAGGACAAGCGGGCGCCCAUGUUUGAAUACUUCAAGGCUCGCAAGCUAGUCAAGAUCCUCAACAGCACAGAUGUAGAUGAAGAGAGCACAGAUACCAUUGGUGGUAUGUUUGCGGAGGAAUCCAGUCCAGAAGACUGGAUUAAACGAGGUGAAGACUUCAUGAAGCAUGCUUUGUAUGAGGUUGCGGCAAAGUGCUUCAUUUCGGGAGGAGAUCGGCAAUUACAUAAAGUGGCCCUGGCUCAUCAACAAGCAUUAAAGGCCUCCCGCACAAAGGACAGUCGCCAGCGCAUGCAAGAUGAGUUUCUGUUCGCUGCGGAGAUGUUCCUAGACUGCUCUCUACCCUCACAGGCAGGCAAGUGUCUACAGAACGCUCGGGAGAGGGAGCUGGUUGCCCAUCUGUUCGAGAAGAUUGGCUUUCUUGAGAAAGCGGGGGAAACCUACCGGAAGAUAAAACGGCCAAUUGAAGGCAGUCGCUGUUAUGAACAGCUUGGACAUUUCAACCUGGCGAUCGACACUCUGUGUGAGAACGAGUACUAUGAUAUGGCUAUAGACACGCUCUGGAGAUACAACAAACUGCUAGAGAGCCUGGGAUCUAAAGAUGAAGCUGUACCUGCUGUGUUAUUGGACCAUGCACCAGAUACACUGCGUACACGAGAACGUCUUAGUCACAUGGCUGCUGAGUUUCAUUACCGGAACGGUAACGAAGUUCGCAUGUUGGUGAACCUGGAGCGCCUGGAACACCUGAGUGACCGUAUAAACUUCCUCAAAAACAAGGGCUACUUUGACCAGGCAGGCACACUUCUCCAAAAGGAAGGUUGGUAUUCAAUUAUUAGCUCACAUGGCCCAAAGGGACAACUGCGUGAAGACCGUACUAUGGACUACGGCCUAGCUGAGAGGCUGCUUGUUUUGUGCAUGACAAUUCUGUGUAACAUGGGCAAGGCUUUGUUUGCCAACAAGGAAGCUGACCUAAUGCAGCAGCUGUGUCUGAUUGCUCUCCCGGAAGAUUGUCCCAAACGCCUGCUGAAGGCUGUGCGUGCAGUGCAGGAGGCAGAAGGACUAUCGGACAUCGCAGCAGCGCUGAAAGAACUUCUUCACGACCGAGAUCAGGAACAUGUUUGUCUUUGUCAUUGGUCAUCCUCAGACCGAUAUGGAUUCAAAUCAACUACUCUUGACAAACUGGCCUUUCUACCAUCAAAGUUUUUUGAUCCAAAUACCAAGAAAAAGAUGACAAAUCCAGGACAAGGCCGACUGGCCACAGAAGAAGAUGAGGAUGUUGUGGCUAACUCUCUAGCGGAACUGGACACAGAUAUGGCCAUGGAAGAGAAGUUUAAGUGGGAGAGUGAACAGAAAACAUUUCAAGAGAACCGGAGAAAGGAGAAUGCAGCUUGGAUCAUAACCAGGUUCUUCGAGAAAAUCCGCUUUCGUUUUCAGUGCUCUAUUCUUCAUUGUCUUGUAGAGGAGGAACUACAGAAAGAGCAGACUGAAAAACGCCUGAAGAAGUUCCAGCAAUUUGGCAUUGAUGACAGGGCCUGUACCAUCUGUAAUGUCAUAUUUGAUAAACCGUCUGGCAACCUGAUAGAGGGUCAAAGCUAUGCAACCAGUCUUGCUGAUUCGAACCCUAGCCCAGAACGAGCAGAAAGGAUCAUUAGCGUGCUAUGCGGGUCAGACAUCAGAAUGAAUCUGAUCCGGGUUUUGUUCAAGCUGCGUGAAGACCGUACUACGGACUACGGCCUAGCUGAGAGGCUGCUUGUUUUGUGCAUGACAAUUCUGUGUAACAUGGGCAAGGCUUUGUUUGCCAACAAGGAAGCCGACCUGAUGCAGCAGCUGUGUCUGAUUGCUCUCCCGGAAGAUUGUCCCAAACGCCUGCUGAAGGCAGUGCGUGCAGUGCAGGAGGCAGAAGGAAUAUCGGACAUCGCAGCAGCGCUGAAAGAACUUCUUCACGACCGAGAUCAGGAACAUGUUUGUCUUUGUCAUUGGUCAUCCUCAGACCGAUGUGGAGUCAAAUCAACUCCUCUUGACAAACUGGCCUUUCUACCAUCAAAGUUUUUUGAUCCAAAUACCAAGAAAAAGAUGACAAAUCCAGGACAAGGCCGACUGGCCACAGAAGAAGAUGAGGAUGUUGUGGCUAACUCUCUAGCGGAACUGGACACAGAUAUGACCAUGGAAGAGAAGUUUAAGUGGGAGAGUGAACAGAAAACAUUUCAAGAGAACCUGAGAAAGGAGAAUGCAGCUUGGAUCAUAACCAGGUUCUUCAAGAAAAUCCGCUUUCGUUUUCAGUGCUCUAUUCUUCAUUGUCUUGUAGAGGAAGAACUACAGAAAGAGCAGACUGAAAAACGCCUGAAGAAGUUCCAGCAAUUUGGCAUUGAUGACAGAUCAAAGGACAAAGCAGCUGAGAGCUCAAAGGCCAGGAACAGUCAGGCAGGCCGUGGUGAGGAUUGGGAUGAGGAGAUCCAGCAGCUAGAGGAUGUUGUCCAGGAACCUGUCCGACAGAGGGAGAAAAAGGGAAAGGGGAGAGGCAAAGGCAGGGGCAGAGCAAGACAUAGGCAGCAAGAGGA